UACUAUAUAUACUGUUGUGUAGUAAUAAGGGGGAGCUGAGAGAGAGAGAGAAAGUGAGAGAGAGGAAUUGAAGCUAAGGCAAAAUUAAAAUCAUCAUGUCUAGCCGCAGAAGAUCAUCAUCAUCAAGCUUCACAGAAGAGGAGAUUAAUGCUUUGGUCAACAAACUACAAGCAUUGUUGCCAGCUUCCACUUCAAGGUCCUACACCAACAAGGUAGCAGCCUCAGAGAUAGUAGAAGAGACAUGCAAGUACAUCAAAAGGCUGCACAGAGAAGUGGAUGGGCUGUGUGAAAGGCUUUCCCAAAAACUUUCAUCCAUUGAUGACACCACUAAUCUUGAUUUGGAAACCUUGAUGAGGAAUCUUCUUCAGCAAUAAAUUCUGAAUUUAGAAAGAGAUGAUGCAUGGUAGAUUAUCAUUCAACAGUCAUUAUUAUUAUCAAUAUAAUGUGAGUUGUAAAAUUAUAUGUGUAUGUAUUGUGUGUUAGCUUUUUUUCUUUGAUCACGAAGGAAACUCGCAGUCACUACUCAAUAUAUAGUUAUAAACCCUACUUUUGUACAAUAGUCUGUAAACUAUAUAUGAGAGGUAAUUUGUCCUAUGAAAGUACAAAUGUGUGUUAGUGUUGGUGGAA